UAUAGCACUUUCAGUUAAAAAAUAAGUCAUUUCAUAACAAAACUUUCAUGUUAAAAAUAUUGAAAUUGUAAUGCUUAAAGCGGCAGUUUUGUCGCUUGGCACAGGGCAUCUUCUAGUCCCAUAUGCCCAGCUAGAACACUUUUCAUUGGUUUGUUUUGGCUUCGUUUUGAAAUUUCAUUUAUCAGGGCCAUAAAACGUUACUUACCACGGCACCUCCCACCUGACCCGUCUGCUAACUGGACCCCAUUGCCAUCCCGUGUCAACAGGCAAUUAUUAUAAAAGCCUGAGGGCUGAGUGCGCAGGACUGGGCUCGGCCGGGUCUCGGGACCAGGUAUGGUCCGCGUCUACAAUUACGAGUAUGCUAAAUGCCAGGCGACUGAAAAAUGUGGCUUUAAAUUGCAUGAAAUCAUCGCAUCGCAUUCCGCAACUAAUGAAAUUAGCGAUACGACUUGCCCCCAGCCAAACGGGGUCAGUCCUGGGGCAAUGGCAGCGUCAGCAAUGGAACCCUUUUCUUUUCGUUUCGUUUCGUUCGUUUGGUUUUGUUUGUGUUUCUAUUUUUGAUAAUAUUUUUAACCAGGAUCAGAAGGGGACUUGUCCUUGUCGACGCUAGUGUUUUAGGCGGUAGCAACUGAUUUGCUUAUUUUGUCAACGAUUACAAAAUUCUCAGUAUGUUUCGUAUCACAAAUUGGGUAUUAACAAUCAUCUCGGCGGUUUUCGAAGUGAUUGCAAUCGGUUUUAUUGUCGAACUGUUUAACUCGCAUUGUGUUCGGGGAGGCGAGUACGGCGUAUCGAUAUGGUUCUACAUCUUUUUUUUACCGGUUAUUACCGUCCAUACGAUAUUCUUGGCGAUAUAUCGAAUAUUUUGUGGCACUGUCGGCCUGGAUCCAAUUUCAAUUAUAUUCAACCUAACUAGCGGGAUUAUAUUAGUUAUUGCCACAAUCAUUGUGCUCGUCGCCAUGGUGAGUCAUUGUGGCAAUGAAUAUGCCAAGUUUUUCUAUUUGGCAGCGGUCUUUGGAUUACUGUCGGGCCUCAUGCAUUUAUGUAACGGUAUUAUGUGUCUAGUAUAUCUGCCUAAGUCCGAGUUUUAUUUGACAUGGUAAUGAACAGAAAUUUAACUAACUUGCGCCGAGUAAAGUAAUUUUUUUUUAUUGUACAUGAAAGAAUGUUUUUCAUUGACUACAAAUGCAAUAGGGAGACAAAUAUAUACGGAUAUAUGAAUGCUUGAUUAUUAAAAAAGUGCUCUGGUUCCGAGGCAUGACUUGAAUAUACCCGGAAUUUUGCGCAUUCCACGAAAUUUGUAUGCCAGUAUUGGAUGAUCAGUAUGUAUUUGAUGAUGUAUGAGAUUUCCACACGUUGGGCCUGAAUAUGGAACUCA